UAUCAUAAGUAUUUUUGUCGUUACAGGAAGUAUAGGACUAAUAAUAACUUAUAUGUUAAUAUUUAAAAAUGACUCAGUUUGUAAAUAACCACGCAUAAGUUACCAUAUUAUUUGUUUUCUAUAAAUCUGUGCUUUUGAAACGUUUCAUGUAUUGCUGAUGCGCACGAUCAGCUAUCGCCUUUGUAUAUAACAAGUUUCAACAUGGCGAAAGAUGGUAAGACGCGUUAACAGCUGUUAAUAUUUAUUGUCACAUGUUGAUAUAUUUUUAAUUAUUUAAUUUACAGAAUAUGUACCCGAACGAAAAUAAAAAUAUUAAAGAAGAAUAUGGACAAAGAAUCAAUUCAUAGUGGCCAUUUUAUGGUGUCUAAGAUUGAUGAAGAAGAAGAUUCACCUGCAAGCCUUAAUGUUCACGAGUCAGCUGAUAGAAACACCAUCUCUGUGGCGUGCCGGCACGUUAAGGUCAGAGGUUAUGACUUCAAAGAAGCAUGCAAAGAAACUUCAAAGAAUUACUAUUGCGCUCCUCGAAGCUCUCAUUCAACAGAAAUUGACGCAUCGUUAACAAAACUUUUCGAUUGUAUGACAUUGGCAUACUGUGUUCUUUAGAAAGUGAGGAUGACUGGUCCAGAGAAGGAGAAAAAUUUGGAUCACUUACUUUUGAUGACAACUUGUUAGUAGAAUGCAGUGAUACUCUCUUCAGUAGUCUUCAUUAUAACCAGCUGUUUGAUUUACCCAACCCUAGAGAAUUUGUUAAAGGUGUGAAUGCUGACUUUAUUCAACCAGGCUUAUCUCAACUUCAUCCUUCAUUUGAUGACAUUAUGGACACGUUGGAACCCCUGUCAGACACAGAAGUUUCCUACGAGUUUGCCCUCUAAUGACCAGAGUCUAUUCACUUUUGGUGAAUUUCAGCUGCGUACCUCAUAACAUUCUGAACUCUCUGACAAGUUUUUAGAAAAUGAUGCAUCUCACAAUAUUCUGGAAUUGUUUCCAUCAGAGAAUUACCAAAUACCAGCUGUAUCUUCUACAAUGUAUUCCUCUUCUGAUCCACAUAAUGCAGCCUUAGAAUUAAUACAUGACAUUAAUCAAAUCACUGAGCAGAAACCUCUUCUUCAAGAUCCUGUUUCUGGGUUUUCUUCUUCUGUGGUAUCGUUUCCUCAUGGUCAGCAGCUUGUUUCUUCUGAAUAUAUGCCACCAUUCAGCAUGUUAUCUAGGCAUAGUCAACAGGGUACAACUUUGACACCUUCUGUGGAGAGUUUAACAUGUAAUAACACACCACAAUCUUUGCAAAAUUUAGGUUUACUUUCUUCUACGUUAAUACCAAAAGAGCUCUCAUUAGCUCAGUACUCUUUUGAUAAUAAAACAGUUGUACUUCCUGGAAUGACCAAUCUACAUUCCCAGUCUUCCAGCACUAAACUUCUUGACAAGUUACUUAACAAGAUGUGUAAUCAAUGUGUAACAAAACCAAUCAAAUCCAACCACUGUAGAGAUAUUAUUAAUGAUUGUACACAGGCUCAACCAUCCAAGAAGACUGACAUCUUUAACACUUCAACUAUAGGAAAUAUUCACCAAGAAGCUCAGUUUGCUAUUCCUAAACAUAUUCCUAAUCAUCAGUUGUUUCCUAAGCUUUCUCCUACUGUAUCAACAGAUAUCGCACUUAGUUAUCCUAUAGCAGCUCAAAAUGAACUUCACACAUCAAGUAAUGUGGACACGUUUUUACCUGACAACAACAAUACUACCUCUUCCUCAAUUGUGUCACAAAAUGUACUUCUGACAACAAAUGUGACACCUAAGAAUGCCAUAAUUCAUCCUGCUUGCAAACAUAGAAAUAGUUGUUUUACCUCGUAUGCUUUUGAUUCUGGGGUCAUCACUAACUCUGCAUCAAAAAAUCUUUAUCUGACAAAGCUCUUAGCUUCAGGUUCUAAGAAAUUGUCUGAUACUCAACCAGAAGCAAAGGACUUGACAAUUGGAAAUACAAAACCAAAUAUUACAGUGCUUUCAUCAGGGCCUUCUUCAACUGCUCUUAGUCCACAAACUUUUUUUCUGCCAUCAGUUGCCUUCACCAAGGCAGUGGCUGUCAGUGAUUGUCAACGUAACUUAUUAGUGGGAGCAGCCAGUCAAGCUUUAACUGGUCAACCAUCUACAAGCAAGCUUCCACAGUCUUCUAUUUGUAUCAACAGUUCAAAAAACUCAGCCAGAAAGCUUUCAUCAACUGUGAAUCUUGAUAAAGAUGAGUGGAAGAGAGUCAAUAUGUAUCACAAACCAGGCAUUCAGUGCAGCAAAAAUUGUAUGAAACAUAAUGCUUUAUUUCUUUCCUGUUUGAAGUCAUUCAUGGACCACAGAGUCAAAUAUAAAGAACACAGACAAGUUAACCACAUUAAUGCAGAACAGAAAAGAAGAUGUGAUAUCAAGGUGCUGAUUACAUCAGAUUUUUAAAAUAUCAAAAGCAAAAACAACAGAAAGAGAUCAAGGCUCUUCAGAAAGACAUCAAAAGCCUAAAUUCUGAUAUAAGUUUAUUUCAGAGACAGUUGCCAGACACUGGAGCUCCAGUAACCUGCUCUCAAAAAAACAAAUUGAAAGGAUUCUUUGAAGAAUAUGUUCGGCAAUGUCCUCUUCAAAACUGGAAGUUUUGGAUCUUCAGUUUAAUAAUGGAACGUCUCCUUGAAACUUACAACAGUACUGUUUCUACUGCUAGUGUGGAUGAACUCUGUCAAACUGUUUUGGUUUGGCUAGAUCAACAGUGUUCUCUUUCUGCUUUAAGACCAAGUGUCCUGAGUUCCUUAUGCCACCUCAGUAUUUCCACCAACAUCUUGUCAGAUCCCUCUAAAAUUCCAGAUGAAGCCACAAGAGCUGUUGUCAGAAAAGAAAACAAUGUAUAAUUCAUUGCAAGUAGUGGCUUUAUAACUGUAUUAGAUAUCAAUGCCUUUUUGUUUUUCAAGGUUUGCAUAAUUUCAAUGUUUUGUUUAUAAAACACUCUUCUAAAUGUCUCGUUAUUCAUCAAAUAUAAUAUACAUAUAUAAAUGUUGAUAAAAUUAAAAGAUAACUGAAUUCCUCUUAAGUGGAUAUAUUUGAAUUUCUUAAUGACAAAUUGGAGUACAAAUUUAGAAUUUUCCAGCUGGUGACACACGCUUUCAUUAAGUCAUUUAUUGGUUGCUCACUUUAAAUGCAUGUUUAUCAGCAUUUAUUUAUCAUAUAAAAGCAGAAGAAAUAUCAAAUGCUAAGAUCCUUCUAGUCAUAUUAGUGUGCUCAAACAAAAAGCUUUUUCAAUCUUGUAUUUUUGUUUGUUCAUUAUGGUGAUGUUCAAAAUAACUUUUGCUAGGACAGCUUAAAAUGUGACAUCAAAAGAUGUGUAAAUCUAUUGAAAUCUUCAAAAUAGGAUGAUGGUUGCAUGUAAUCAGUCUAUAUGGUAGCUACUAUAAGACUUUCAUAGCAUUUAACAUACUUGUGUGAACUUAAAAUAUCAUAUAAAAUAACUUAUGUAAUAUGACUAAAAAUAUCUGCCUUAGAGGUGAUGUUAGUUGAAUAUUAAAAUUCAAAAAGUGAAAACAAUGAAACUUUGAAUUAAGAGUAUAUGUUAAUAUUACUAUUUUAAUUAGGAAUAUUAUGUACAUAUCUUUUUAAUAUUACUUUUGUAAGAAAAGUGUCAAAAACUUCUUGUAAAUUAAUGGCUUGUUAGAACUCUGUUAUGUUUUUAUAAAUUUUGUUUUUAAUAUUUCAAAGUAGGAAAAUCUAAUUGUGAUAAUAUCAGACAUUAUUUGACUUAACAAUGAUAAUGAAAUGAGUGGGUGUUUGUAAUAUCAAGAAAAGAAAUCUGUCAUAUUUUAUUUAAAAAUCUAAUUUUUUAUGCUAUGAAGUUUAAAAAAUUUGAACUGCCCUAUUUUACCUAUUGCAUUUUCUUUACCAUCUGGUUUUGUACACACUAUUAUGAAUGAUAUCAUUUCACAUUUAGUUACAAAACACAAUUAAAUGCUCUUGUAUUGGAACUCUUGAGACAAAGGAGUCUUCUUCUAAGACAAAAAAAAAAAA